AUGACAGAUAUUCGAAACGGAACCCUUUGCAUUCUCGGGUGUGGAAACCUGGGAAUAGCCAUUUUAAAUGGCCUAAUCAAUGCACCCGAAAAACCAGACCUCCCCUUCACUCAAUACAUCGCCUGCGUGCGCAGUGAAAAUUCCGAGAAACGACUCCUGGAGCGAUUCUCCAAUUCACUGGAUAAGAUCCACGUCCGUCGCGGUGAUAACGUCCAAUCAGUCCAAGAUGCCGAUGCGGUAAUUCUAGGCGCAGACCCCGCGGAUAUCGAAAAGGUCUUGACGCAGCCUGGUCUCCGGGAGGCAUUGUCAGACAAGUUGAUUAUUAGCAUUGCGGCUGGGUGGACGAGACAGAAGCUUGAAACGACGAUUUACGGGAGUGAGACCACGGCCGAGAAUACGGCUGGCAGGGCCUGGGUUGUGCGUACGCUGCCUAAUAUUGCGGCGCAGGUGUCUCAGUCUUUGACUGCUAUUGAGGUUUCGGAGCCGGCGUUGCCGGAGCGAUAUCUUCAGAUUACGACUUCGAUUUUCGAGUUGAUUGGGAAGGCGGUUCAUAUUGAUCCUAAGUUGAUGAAUGCUACUACUGCUGUUGGGGGGUCGACGCCUGCUUUCUUUGCUGUGAUUUGUGAUGCGCUUAUUGAUGCUGCUGUUGCGGUUGGUGUGCCGAGGGAUUUGGCGCAUACGAUGAUUUUCCAGUCUAUGCAGGGAACUGCGACUAUGUUGCAGGGUGGUAUGCAUCCUGCUGUUUUGAGGGAUCAGGGGACAUCGCCUGAGGGAUGUACGAUUGGUGGGUUGAUGGUGAUGGAGGAGGCUGGGGUUCGUGGUCAUAUUGGACGGGCGCUUCGGGAGGCUGUCACUUUGGCUCGUUUGAUGGAGACGACGGACCAUGUCAAUGAUACAAGACACUAG